AUGAAUCACAAAAACUGGCUUACUCGAUCAUUGGAUGAUAUGCCUAGAAAAGAGGAAGACAAAAAGGAACUAAUAAGGUUUUGGAAUGAGUUUUACACUUAUUUAUUGCAAAAUACUAACAAGAGUGGACAACAUGGUAAGAGUCACUCAGUUCAGUAUAAGGAAACCGCCUUCGAUAUUUUGGAAGAAGCAAAAACAAGAUUACCAUUAAGUGUAGAUGAAUUAAGUGAGAUCCAAAAGCAAAUUGAGGAGAUUACUAUAUGGUUCGAUGAGAAAUCUAUUUUUAGGUCAGCUUCCGACAUAAUCAAAAUCUUAAUCAGGGAAAAUGAGGAAAGUGCUAAGGAUUUUCUCAGGAGAAGGCCAUUCGAAAAGGAUGAUCUUGAAUUGCUUUCAGAGUUCGGUCAAUAUACGAUUGAGGCAUUAAUAGUUCAUGUACUAAGUAUGUUUUUUUACUCAGUUGAAUCUAACUCACUAAUUCGUGUUGCUUCUUUGGUUGAACAACUAGAGUCUAGUGUCCGUCACCAAGCUUCAUUAUUGAAAAGCGGCAGGUGUAAUAAACCGUUUUCUAGUGCCACGAAUGAUUUCAAAGUGAAGAAGUCUGGUAAGGAUAGGAAAAGAUCCAAAUUGGUGAUGAUGUAUCCCUUCGGUUCCGGCUUAGUUCAAUUCAUGGAGGAAAGGAAAUUGAUCAGUUUAGUGACUGAUUUGAGCGGUACUGUUCGAGUGAAGAAGAAGAAAGGAUCUUAUUUUCUUCCAAGCCAUCUCUACGCAGUCUGCAACUUUGAUAUUUCAUUACUACCGAUCAAGCUCAACCUGCCUAUGGUAUGCAAACCUCGAGAUUGGACGAGUGCCUGCCGGGGUGAUCAAAAUCCUAGAUACCUGUCCGAUCUAUCAGGGGGUUACUUAAGUGGGCCAACAGGUGGCCUAUAUGAUCGUUACCGCCUCUUAAGUUCAGGUGACAUUAAUCAUUUUUAUAUUGAUAUUGGAAGAGAAAAGAAUUACGAGAAACUGUGUCUUGUAAUGAACAAGCUGCAGGGUCAGGCCUUUCAAAUCAACAGUCAUUGGUUGAAAUGUCUUAAAUAUAAUGAGGACUCAUUUGUUGAAUCUGGUUUACUCAUGCCAAGAUUUCUAUCCUCUAUGAAUAUCAAAGAUGUAUCCAACUUACUUAGAGAGUUUCACAUGAAGGAUGAGGUUAUUAAUAAAUUAUGUAACUUUAGCGAAUUGUUACAUACUUUAUCUAAGAACAUACAGCGUUCUCGUUAUGAGAAUUUGAUUAUGAAGCUGGCACAAGCCUACGAAGGUUAUCAUUUUUAUUUGCCAGCCUUUCUCGACUUCCGAGGUCGAAUCUACCGCAGUGGUGUCUUGCAUUUCCACGAGCGUGAUCUAGCAAGAAGCAUGAUCGUCUUUGCGGAUAUCAAAUCUAGUGGCAAUAUUGACAUGAAUGCAUAUCUCGCCGCAGCAGCCUUCCAUUACAAGUCUUUCGUCUCUGUCGACGAGGCAUUAUACUUUUCUAAUAACAACUUCUUGCAGCUCAGUCAUGAUGAUGAUCUUCUCAUGUACGCUCGGGAGGCUAAACGCCCCUUUCAGCUCUUCGCCCAUCUAAUUGGAGUUACCUCUCCAAAUUUGAAGGUUAUUACGCGCAUCCCUUUAACCCAAGACGCCUCAGCGAGUGCAUAUCAGAUUAUGAGUUACUUUUUGUUGGAUGAAAGCCUGGCUUCGAGAACGAAUCUCAUCCCAUCUUUGGAUGGAAAAUCCAAGAUGUUUAUUCAUUCAUCCUCGAAGAUCUCAAGGUGUUCAUGA